AUGAAACGCAACGACAAACCAAUCAAAAAAGUGUCAUUGGUCAAUCACAACACAACAACCGAAGAGUCUGCCGUUCGUACAAUUGACUACUCCAAACUGCCCAAACACGACAAACCGCACUCUCAAACAGACAAAAAAGAAUCAGAACCCCCAAAAAAGUUCGACAAAACAAUCGUCAACCACAUUCCAAAACCCAAAGAAGAGGAUUUAGGUAUCACCGGUUAUGUCCGUAAAGGUGAGCCCGUGAAAGGGUUGUCCAAAACCCUAAUUACUGAUUUUCAAGUCCGUGAGGUUGGUUUAGAUGGUCAAAUAGCCGACAUGGCUCCUCGGAAAGUGGAAGUUCCUGUUGUUGGAGUUAAAACGGCGUUUGAUGUUGAUGGAUGGAUUUCGAAGCUUCAUGGUGUUAUAGGCGACGAAGCGGAUAUCGUCAAAACAGCGGUCUUUGAAAAGAAGACAGAUGUGUAUAAGAUUGUGACAAAACUUGACAAAGAGAAGCGCACGCAAUUUCACAUGUUAGUCCGAGAGCUUCAUGGGUACGACAGCAGAUGUGAUGAAGGUGUUUUGAUGUUGAAGAAGGGGAAUAAGAAAGUUCGUGGUGUGCAAAUCAAAGGGAAGACGACGAAGUGUGUACUUCGCAAAUCGAAUAUUGACACUGCCUCUGCUGUGAGUGUCUUAAGUCGGAUAUUAAAGAUUGGGAAGAACUCAAUAGGGUAUGCUGGGAUGAAAGACAAGCGUGGCGUUACAUGCCAGUUUGUCACGUUUCCAUCGAUGAAAGAAGACUUUAUCCAAAGUGCGCUUCGCAGUAAUACAUGCAAGUCGAUAGCACUUGGGAAGUUUGAGACUGUCGAGAAAGCACUGACAUUAGGAGAUUUGACUGGUAAUGAAUUCCGAGUACUUAUUCGAGAGGUCUCCAAUUUGGAGGAAGUUGUGAAGAAUUGUGAAAGUAUGAAGACGUGUGGGUAUAUCAAUUAUUACGGACUCCAACGAUUUGGGAGCAAUGGCACGACUCACUUGAUUGGGUUAGAGCUGAUGAAAGGAAAUUACAAGAAGGCUGUUGACUAUAUCAUGCAAGAAGGCAACGACACAAAAGAUCUCUUUGAGGCGAAACAGUUAUACAAAGCGGGAGAAUUUCGAAAGGCGGAGAAUGUCAUUCCGUCGCUGUGUAUCGUUGAAAAGGGGAUAUUAAAUGAACUGAAGAAAUACGGUGAGGGAACGUCUGAGGGCAAAUACAAAACGAGUAUUGAUGCCGGCGUGAUGUAUAAGACUAAGAGUCUUUACCUUCAUGCGUAUCAAAGUUAUAUAUGGAACACUGUAGUAUCCAAGCGUGUUGAGAAAUAUGGGGAGAAGGUGAUCAGUGGAGAUUUAGUUCAGCGCGGCAAAACCAUAAUAGUAGUACAAAGUGGGGAAGAAGACAAGUAUGACAUUCGUGAGGUAGUCAUUCCUUUAGUCGGGAGAGGAGUACAAUACCCCGAGAAUGAGACAAAACAGUGGAUGGAAGACCUUUUGAAAGGUGAUGGCCUUUCAUUCAGUACAUUACCAAAGAGUGUCUUUAAUGUCGACAUUUGUGGCGAUUAUAGACCAUUCAUAGUGAUUCCAAAGAAUUUCAAAUAUGAGACUUUUGUGCUGAAAAACGCAUUGGAAGAAGUGAUGAAUGAGGACGGAGAAAUAGUCCGCGAGAGAGUCGAACCAAUCAAAGAAAGAGAUAAUAAUCACAUUGCUUUGUGGAUGGAAUUCACUCUCGAGGCGGCUGCUUACGCUACAAUGCUCUUUAGAGAAAUUCUUAAAAUGCCAGGUGACCUCGAUAACCAAAUUGAUACAAUGAAACAAUUACAAAAAGAAAUAAAAGAAACAGAGGAAGGAAAAGACGAGAAAAAGACGGAAACAGUCAAAUUGGAGAAAAUGGAAGAAGAGCAAAGUUAG